AUGGUCCAAAAGCCGGACCCAGGUUCAUCGCCGGCCCGAGACCCCAACCAUGAGAAUGGUGGUCCGAAAUCUAUGCUUGAGAGCAUUUACAGUGUUGAGUCUCGAGUCGAUGUCCCGCGCAAGAAGCUCAAAUUGAGUACGGAACCUGAAUCGCAGAAACUCAGUAAGCCGAGCACGUUUUCACACCGCCCCACGCCUGGCAUCGUGGGUGAGUAUAUGCGGCCGGAUCCCGAAAAGGCCUCUGACGCCACCAAAAACGACCUGGUGGAUCUGACAAAUGACGACGACGACGCCGACGAUGAUAUCGAAAUUGUGGCCUCGCGGACAGUCGACGAUCAGGAGGUCUGCUACGGACACAUUGCCACCACUGCUUCAGCAUAUCUCAUCCCAAAGCCUAAAGCUGAAUCCUUGCUUCAUCGGGAGAAUGAAUGGCCUGUGAUGAAAUGCACUCUGGUUCGUACACCCUCCAAAGAUACGGUCAUUGAUGUGGUAGAUCCCUGGAACACAACAUUCGCGAAGGUGGACUCGGAUUUCGCCGCCGCACUGGCGCCUGCGAUGGAUGGCUUGAAGGGUUUCCGGACGCAAUCAAGACUAGUGAACCGUCGAAAGAAGCCAGAUGAAUGGGCUCACCAGCCCUGUUCGGAACAGCUGAAAAUGGUUGUCAAUCUGUAUGGACGACGAGGGGACGUGGACAAGGUUGGAAAGCAUUUUGGACAGCACAACUUCUGGCUCCGACCACCAAUGGCGCCCGAGCCAGGAGUGCCGAUCGUCAAUCCCCAUGCGCAGAGAUAUGCUCUUACGCCGCCCGUCCGCAGCGGCCCAGGGCGGAUUCUGCCAGACACGCGCACGUUGGAAGAGGCGACCCAAGCCGUCUCCAAACUGUUUGACUCCUUUGCCAAUACCGCAGCCCCUUUGGCUGAGACCGAACCUCCAUCGACCAUAAUCACCACACCUCUGCUCAGUCAUCAAAAACAGGCACUCACCUUCAUGCUGAUGCAUGAGCGGCACAGAACGUUUGGAGCUGAAGAGUCGGAAAACUCGUCACUGUGGCGGCGCAAACAAUCAAAACACGGUAGCACGACGUACCACGAAGUCGUGACCGGUAUUUCGGUCAAAGAGGAGCCGGACCAGGUCCUCGGUGGCCUUCUGGCGGACGUGAUGGGCCUGGGAAAGACGCUUCAAGCCCUUUCAUUGGUGGCCAGUACCGUCGAAGAAGCCACAGCAUUUGCUAGGCAGAAGAUUGUUCGCGACGACCAAAACGUACUGCUGGCCAACAGUAACGCGACCUUGCUCGUAUGCCCGACCAGCACGGUGAAGAAUUGGGAAGACCAGAUCGCCCAACACGUCAAACCUGGAAGCAUGACGUACUGCGUCUAUCAUGGACCCGGUCGCGAACGCAACCCGUACAUCCUCUCGAAGUAUGACAUUGUGAUCGCGACAUACGGUGUCGUGGCUUCCGAGUUCUCCGGCAGGAGCUCGGCGAACCCCCUGAACCAGCUCAAGUGGUUCCGAGUCAUUCUGGACGAGGCACAUACGAUUCGUGAACAAAAGGCUAUCCAGUCUCAGGCAAUUUAUAGCCUCGAGGCCCAGCGUCGGUGGUGCCUAACGGGAACCCCGAUUCAAAAUCGUCUGGACGAUCUGGGGUCUCUGACCAGGUUUCUUCGACUGUAUCCAUAUGACACCGCUGGGAGGUUCAAUCAAUACAUCAGGGCGCCGGCACAGGCCGGCGACCCAGGCUUUCUAAAGGCACUGCGAGUUUUUGUUGACUCGUUCACCUUACGACGGCUGCGCGAUCGCAUCGAUUUACCCAAGAGGGAUGAUUUUGUGGUCAAGCUCGAGUUCUCGCCCGAGGAAAGGCAGCUCCACGAUUUCUUCAAACAGGUGGCUCACGUACAGAUCCGAGAACUGGCACGUACUAGGGAAAAGAACAGCGGCGUUCAGCAUCAUGUACUUCGCGGUAUCAUGACAUUAAGGUUGAUCUGUGCUCACGGACGAGAAUUGCUCAAAGAAAAGGAUCUGGAGAAACUCAAGGGCAUUAGUGCCAACGAAGCCAUCGAUGUGGAUAGAGAAGACACUCUUCCCACCAUAUCAAGGCGCGCGGCAUAUGAAUCGCUCAACCUCAUGGCCGAGGCCGAGUUGGACAAUUGCCGAAAGUGUGAAAAGAGAAUCGGGUCCGACAGUAUGCCCGAGGCUGACGAUGACGAGCAGAGGACGCGGUGCUUCAUCUUGCCAUGUUUCGACCUGGUGUGUGGCGAUUGCUUCGAGCCGGAGAGGGCGGCCUUUGACAGCCUGUCGAACAAGGAGCCGAUCGUCUGCCCGUUCUGUUCGGCACGGAUUUCUGCUCAGUACGUCGGAUUUAGCGGAUCCACCGCACGGGAAGUAUGUAUUGCACCAGACGACGACAUUGCACGGGAGGAGGAGGGCAAACUCGCCCAGGUGUACACCGGUCCCCACACGAAGACGAGGGCACUCCUCCAGGACAUUGCCAUCAUGACGGAAGAAAGCAAACCAUUGGAGGCUGCUGGAGAGCCACCGUUAAAAUGCGUGGUGUUUUCCGAGUUCACUUCCCAUCUCGACCUCAUUGGCAAGGCACUUGGCGACCACGGAUAUUCCUUUGUCCGAAUCGACGGCACCAUGUCUCUCCACCACCGGAGGCAGGCCUUGGAUACUCUUGCCUCGGACAACAGCAUCAGGAUCCUUCUCGCAUCCAUCAAAGCGGCUGGUCAAGGGUUGAAUCUCACGGCAGCAUCACGAGCCUUCAUCAUGGAACCGAUGUGGAACCCGGCGGCGGAAGCGCAAGCCGUCGAUCGGAUCUACCGAAUUGGCCAGAAGAGACCUGUGCUUGUGAAACGAUAUCAGAUCAAGGACAGCAUCGAAGGCAAGAUCGUGGAGCUCCAGAGGCGAAAACAGCAGCUUGCGGACGUGUCUAUGAAUCAAAACCACAAGCAACUGAGCAAGCAAGAAGUGCGUGAGCAACAUAUGAAGGAGAUUUUGGCAUUAUUCAAAUAA